CUGUGACGUCAGCGAGUCCGAACGGCCGGAGCUAAGCUAGGGGCCCGGGCGUGGAUCCUAAGAGCGGGAUCGGGAAAGCUGAACCAGAACAGAGCGGGGAGAACCGUGCGCGACCGGAGCCGGCCGCAGCCGAAUCACUCAGGCACCUGCUCGACCGUUCAGCCGAUUGGCGCACGCACAGUGGCCCGCAGGCCCCCGCCCCGGCCCAGUCCGCUCCCGGGCCCCCCAUGGCCCGGGUCGCCGUCCUCCCGCCGUCAAGAUUGUCGCCGACACUGCCGCUGCCGCUGCCGCUGCCGCUGCUGCUGCUGCUGCUGCUUCGGGAAACAGGAGCCCAGGAUGUGCGUGUUCAGGUGCUACCAGAGGUGCGGGGCCGCCUGGGAGGCACCGUGGAGCUGCCGUGCCACCUGCUGCCACCCACCUCGGAAGUGCGCAUCUCUCAGGUGACCUGGCAGCGCCUGGAUGCAGCGGCCGUGGCGGCCUUCCACCCCUCCUACGGCGUCCACUACCCCAGCCCGCAGUCCAGCAAGGAGCGACUGUCCUUCGUCAGAGCUGGGCAAGGCGCAAAGGCAGACCUGUGGGAUGCCACGCUGGCCUUCCAGGGACUGAUGGUGGAGGACGAGGGCAACUACACCUGCGAGUUCGCCACCUUCCCCAACGGCACGCGCCGGGGGGUGACCUGGCUGAAAGUCAUAGCUCAGCCUCAGAACCGCGCCGAAGCCCAGGAGGUCACCUUCAGCCUGGAGCCCAUGCCCGUGGCCCGCUGCGUCUCCUCGGGGGGCCGCCCGCCUGCCCGGAUCACCUGGAUCUCCACCCUGGAAGGGGAGGCCAGAGAGAGCCAGGAGCCGGGGCCCUCACCAGGCACAGUCACGGUCACCAGCCGCUACACUUCGGUGCCCUUGGGCCAGGUGGAUGGGGUCACGAUCACUUGUAAAGUGGAGCAUGAGACCUUGGAGGAGCCGGUCCUGCUGCCCGUGAAGCUCUCCGUGCGCUACCCCCCCGAGGUCUCCAUCUCUGGCUAUGAUGACAACUGGUACCUCGGCCGUAGUGAGGCCACCCUGAUGUGCAAUGUCCGCAGCAACCCAGAGCCCACGGGCUACGACUGGAGCACGAUUUCGGGCACCUUCCCAGCCUCAGCUGUCGUCCAGGGCCCCCAGCUGCUGGUCCACUCAGUGGACCGACUGGUCAAUACCACCUUCAUCUGCACCGUCACCAACGCUGUGGGCACAGGCCGCGCCGAGCAGCUCGUCUUAGUCCGAGAAAUGCCCAACACGGCAGGCGCAGGGGCCACGGGUGGCAUCAUUGGUGGCAUCAUUGCUGCCAUCAUCGCUACAGCUGUCGCUGCUACGGGCAUCCUCAUCUGUCGGCAGCAGCAGAAGGAGCAGAGGCUGCAGGGGGCGGAGGAGGAGGAUGACCUGGAAGGACCUCCCUCCUACAAGCCACCCACCCCAAAGGCAAAGCUGGAGGAGCCAGAGAUGCCCUCCCAGCUCUUCACUCUGGGGGCCUCGGAGCACAGCCCACUCAAGACUCCCUACUUUGACGCUGGCAUCUCGUGCGCUGAGCAGGAAAUGCCUCGAUACCACGAGCUGCCCACCCUGGAAGAGCGGUCCGGACCACUGCUGUUGGGGGCCACAAGCUUGGGGGCCCCUGUGCUGGUGCCUCCAGGACCACCUACUGUGGAGGAAGUUUCCCUGGAUCUAGAUGAGGAUGAAGAGGAGGAAGAGGAGGAGGAGGACUAUCUGGACAAGAUCAACCCCAUCUACGAUGCCCUGUCCUACCCCAGCCCCACUGAUUCCUACCAGGGCAAAGGCUUUGUUGUGUCCAGAGCCAUGUAUGUGUGAGUCACCAAGGCUCUGACCUCUCACUGCACCUGAUCCCUUAGCCUUCUGCCAGGGAUCUAGUGCCCCUGACCGCUGGCCAAGCCACGGCAGUUAACACAUGUGCAUCCCACCAACCACUUCCACCUUAGUGGCUUCACUAUGAUCUCUGUCCCAGAGAAACCUGCCAUGACCAAGGAAACUUGAUGACUUCAUCUCCUGAGGCAGAGGGUAGGGAGGAUAUAUUUCUGCACAAAUUCUGACCCCAAGGACUCUUCUGAGGCUGUGAUCUUAGACCAUACCACUCCCCCCACAAAGACUCCACACCUCAGAUUGGUCUCAGGCAGUGAAGUCCCAAUAGGUCUGCGAUGGUGGGCAUUACCGGUUCCCUGCUGCAUAGACCUGAGCCCUCCAGGCAGCAGAGCACCACUUGUCCUCUCCUACCUAUUCCCCAAAGGUGGGAGGGAGGGAAUUCCCCAGGCCAAGCCAGAGCUCUCCCAUCCCCCUCCUCCUGCAGGCAGGAGUCUCAGGGCCCAAAUCCUCCCCUGAGCCCACCAGCCCAUUCCUGUCUACAGAGCAUGAUGCCCCAGCCCAUUGCCAGAUGGGGUGAGCCUCGUGCAGUGUGCCUUGACAGCCCAACGUGGGGAGGAGCAUUUACUGUUACCUGGAAGACUACUGAAUCCCUUUACCCCUGCAGGGUUGGAAAGUGGGUCACCUGGGUUGGGGGUAGAAGCUAUUGUA